UCGUGGCGAACGUUGUGGUGUUGUUUACGGUUGACGGUGGAAAUCAGUGCCCAAAGAAGAAAAAAGAAAUUUGAAAAUAAAGUUUCCAAAAAAAAUUGAAUUAAAAGAAGAAAAAAAAAAAUAAAUAAAAAUUUCAAAACCCCAAAAAUGAGUGCAUCCGGCAAAAGUCUAUUGGGUCUCUGGCUCUAUCGAAGUGGUGAACAGGAAUGGGCUGUCAAACAGGGCAGUCCAUUGCAUGGACCACGCAAUAAAAAAGAUUCCAUCGAUAAUCCUGUAAGUGAUGCGAACAAAGAUUUACAACCCGCUACAAAGAUACAGUCCCGCAAUGGCACUGAUCGAAGUAACAUUGUUGUCUUGUUACCUCCCCAGGAAAAUCCUGGAUUGCAUAAUAAUAAAUCGCUGAUGAAUGCCAAUGAAAGUGCACCGCCACCACCAUGUUCGCCCGGCGAUCGAGUUUCGAUCAUUUUUACGCUGAAAAAUCAAGUGGGAAAUUUGGCCCGAGCUCUGCAGGUCUUUCAGGAGUUGGGCAUAAAUGUGCUGCAUUUGGAAUUAUCGCCAUUGGAGAAUACCACCAAUCAGGCCGAUGUUGUGGUCGACGUUGAAUGUGAUCCGAAACGUUUGGACCAGGUGCUGCAGAUGUUGAAUCGUGAAGUGCAUUCGGUAAAUUUCACAUCAGUGGACAAGAGUGCAUUGGUUCGGGCGCCAUCUUUGUCGGCAUGCUCAAGCUUUGACUUUGGUGAUAUGAUGUGGUUUCCUCGCAAAAUUGCCGAUUUGGACAAAGCCCAAAAUGUGCUGAUGUAUGGUUCCGAAUUGGAUGCUGAUCAUCCUGGAUUUAAGGAUCCCGUCUAUCGUAAACGUCGUGAGAAAUUCUAUUCGAUUGCCAUGAAUUUUAAGCAUGGCAAUCCCAUACCCAGAGUCCAGUAUACUCCUGAGGAGGUCAAAACCUGGGGUACCGUUUUCAAUGAACUCCAUCGUCUGUAUGUGAAGUAUGCGGUACCCGAAUAUAUGGAAAAUUGGCCAGAGUUGGUCAAAUACUGCGGCUAUCGUGAGGAUAACAUACCCCAAUUGCAGGAUGUUAGUACAUAUUUAAAGCGUAAGACUGGCUUCCAGUUGAGACCCGUGGCUGGUUAUCUGUCGCCCAGGGAUUUCCUGUCUGGCUUGGCUUUUCGCGUGUUCCAUUGUACCCAGUAUAUAAGACAUUCGUCGGAUCCGUUCUACACACCAGAGCCCGACUGUUGCCACGAACUGCUGGGUCACAUGCCUCUUCUGGCCAAUCCCAGUUUUGCCCAAUUUUCCCAAGAAAUUGGUUUGGCAUCUUUGGGUGCCUCUGAUGCGGAUAUUGAAAAGUUGGCCACGCUCUAUUUCUUCACCGUGGAAUUUGGCCUGUGUCAUCAAGCGGAUAACUCUUUCAAAGUCUAUGGAGCAGGUCUACUAAGCUCCGUGGCCGAACUGCAGCAUGCCAUUACAGCCAAGGAGAAGAUAAAGAAAUUCGACCCCGAGGUGACCUGCAAAGAGGAGUGUAUCAUCACAUCCUAUCAGAAUGCCUACUAUUAUACGGAUUCUUUUGAGGAGGCCAAGGAGAAAAUGAGGGCCUUUGCUGAGAGCAUUCAACGCCCAUUUGGUGUGCGCUAUAAUCCCUAUACCCAAAGCGUUGAGGUCCUGUCGAAUGCCCAGAAAAUCACCGCUGUGGUCAGUGAACUGAAGGGUGAUUUGAGUAUUGUCUGUUCGGCUUUGAGAAAAAUCUCUGCCACCGAUGAGACCCUGGAUGUCGAUAGUAUUGCUAAAAUGCUGCAGACCAGUUUGAAUGUCAAAGGGGAUCGUAGUCCCCAGAAUGCCAUAAGUCCUGAUAACUCGGAUACUUCACAACAUUCGAUAAUUAUGAAUCCUUUGGAAGAGGAGCUCAAUGAAAAAUAAGUGGGAGAUGAUAAUGAGUAAAACCUAAAACGUAUUGAAAUGUGAGACUACUUGGGACCAAGAAUUAAUAAUUUUAUGUAUGUUUUUCCAAAACAAAAAAUCGAAAAUUUUAGAUUCUCAUCCUAGAAAAAAUUAAAAAAAUAAUAAAUAUUUCUAAAUGUUGUAAAUUGCUUAACCAAAGACACACACACAUACAAACUUAUAAAUGUUACAAUUUAUUCAAAUGUAUUAUACCAAAAUAUAUAUAUAUUUACAUACAUACACAGACAUACAAAUAUA